AUGGUUGCUUUCCUCCCACUGGCGACCUUCUCCAUCGUCGCAUGCGUCUGCGGACAGCAGGUACUCGGCUUUCGCAACAUUACUGUCGAUGAUACGGAUCCCAGCAUAAAUUACUCAGGGAUAUGGCGCCUUGCUCUUCCUGGGGAUGGAAUGGACGUUGGAGGGACACACGUGGUUGCAGAGGUUGAUCCCGAUGCGUACGCGCGCUUUACAUUCACUGGUGUCGCCCUAUAUUUUCAUUCACCCAAGUGGCCAUACCAUGUCAACACCGACGUAUCUUUGGAUGGCGAACCAAUUAGAACCAUUGAUCUCCAAGAUUACACCCACGCAACGUUGGAAGCAAGUGGGGCAUCUCUAAAAUCUACCAUCGUCGCUUCUUGGGUUGGGCUUGAAAAUACGCAACAUACAUUGCUCAUUUCCAAGACAAAAACUACGCCCUUCUAUGUUCUCGAUGCUUUGACAUAUACCGUCCUGGAUGCAACAGACGUCGCUGGAUCGACAUCACCUAUAACUCCGUUGAAGACAUCAUUCAGGACUCCGCGCAGCUUACGUCGUGAUUUGUAUUCCAGUGGUGGUGUUCUAAACGUUCCCGCCAUCGUCGGGGCGGUGAUCGCAAUUAUCGUCAUCAAACUUAUGAUCUGUAUUUGGUGUGUAUGGUUCAGAAGGCGCCGCUAUACCAGAUAUGUUGCACCUGUGCAAAUGUACCCCCCGGCUGGUCCCGGAUCAUUCCCUCCUCCUCCUCCACCUUACCAGGGCUUUCCAUCACCGAUAAACCCUCUCUACCCGACGAACCCGCCCGUCAACCCCACUUUCCCUAACUCCCCACUCCACCCGUCGUACCCACUCACCCCCAUCAGCCCGUACGGCCCUCCAAAACCAAUCGAACCUUUCAAUCCUUACGUGGGAUUCAACACCAUACCAACGAGAAGACCUGGCAGCGGCAGUACGACCAGGCGCGACCAGCAGCCAAACGACGUGCGGCCCAUUCCCGAUCGGGGUGGAGUGCGCCCCAUUUCUAGUGGAGAUGGAGUGACCCCCAUCCCCGCUGCAGCGAGAAGAGAGAGCCGCCAGCCGGCACGUCAGGACCCGCGCAUCACGCAGGCGGACGGACUAGCUACCCCCAUCCCGACAACAAACUCAACGCGUCGAACAGCGCCUGGUUCAGAAUUAGCAAGUGUGAGACCCUCUUCUGGCGGGGACCUGCCUCCUCCUCCUGAUUACACGGAAGAGGAUGGUCGACCUGGGAGUGGCCCUGGACGUGGAUUGGACGGGAACGUCAACGCAUCGUCUGACGGACAACCGACUGCAUCAAAUUCAGACGGCUCCGCUGGGAAUAGAGUUUCUGGAUUUUCAUACCCGCAACCCCUCUCGUUUAUGCCGGUUAAUUAUCUGGACUUUGGGACUAAGUGGGAAUUUUGA